AUGGUCACCAUUGUCAUCUGGCAAAAUGGAAAGCCACCUUAUCAAUACCUUCCUAAUUCUGUUCAAAUACCCAAUCUGGUAAAUUCAUACACAUGGAUUAUCGAUAUCAGUGGCACGAACGGUAAUCCGGGAUUCGACCUCAACAAUGGAUCGACAUUUUAUUUCAUAAUCACGCAUACUGGAACCCCUGACUUAUUCGCAAGUCAGUCGAUUAAUAUUACAAAUAAGGCUAUCAGUUCAUCUGCUACUUCUUCUCCUUCUUUGGCAAUUGAGGCAACAAGUACUGCGAGUGUUUUGACGGCUGCUUCGAGCACAUCUUCUUCAGCUGCUUCUCCAGCUACAACAUCGAGUGAGUUGAGUACAGGUGCUAAAGUGGGUAUAGGAGUGGGUGUGACACUGUGUGUUGUGGCUAUCGUCGCAGCAUUUGCGCUAGGAUAUUUUUUUCGACGACCUUCGAAGUCUCCAAGUACUCAUAUCAUGAAUACGAGACCGAGAGAUGAGUCGGCGGAACCGAAACCAUUUGGAUGGCAACCGCCACAGGAAUUGUCGUCUAGCGCCCCGCGCCCGAAACCAUUCGUACCGCAACCUCCUCAAGAAUUGUCAUCGAAAUCUACACGCUCGAAGCCUAAGGGUCCGAUUUUUGAGAUACAGGGGUAG